AUGAGCUCAAUUAUUUUGUGCACGCUAAUAUUUGGUGCAUAUCUUUUCCCGUUAGUUGCACACGGUGAGUUGAUAAUACAUUUUUAGUGAGUCAACAGUAGCUAAGGUUUUUAAUUAACUCCAGUCUGUAAAAAGAAAACCUUAUGGGGGAGAGUUUCUUCUAAAGAUUAGCCGGUAGUUGAUAAAAAAUUUUUACAGAUUCGUAUCACAAAAAGAGAAGGUAAAACUUUUGUUUACGGUAAAAACUACGUACCAAAGAUUCAAAAUAAUGACAGCUGCAUUUCAGUAUAACCAGUAACAGUUUAAAAGAAGAAAAAAAGUCAUUUCCUUCUUCUAACAGUUUCUUUCAUUAGGAGAUAUCAAUAUCGCUCUCGUUAUUUGUUCCUAUGAUAUAUGAGUAAUAAAUAAAGUUUGUAAUAAUUUUCAACUUUCCAAAAGAAUUAAGUUUGUUUACGUAAGGAAAACAACUUCCUUUGCGAAUUCGCCACCGCAAGUGAUCUUUCCUUAUCAAGUUGUGGUUGAAUUAAAAGCGAGUGUUUUGCUAACCAGUAUUGUCAUUAAACAUCGAAAAAGAAUAGCUGAAAUGCAUUUACACUACGUACGAAUUCUAAAGCCUAUAAGUUUACAGAAAUCUUAUUUAAUCUUUUGUAUUAGUACGCUCAGCAAGAAGUUAUUCAGCGAGAAGUUAUUUGGCUCACGGUAACAAAAGGGAAUGAUUUAGCAGGAAGUUAGUUUAGACUAAGGCACCGCAAAGCUCCAUCAGGAAAACAAUUUCGAAUCCACACUUUCUUUCCUUGUGAAGGACAAGAGACAGAUAGACAGAAACGGUACAAUGUCAAAAAUUGGAUUGUAUAUUUGUAGCAUUGAACAUUGUUUAACGAAAUGGAGGUAACUUCGAUGCUACCUAGACAUAUUGCAAAGAAAAUAUUUUUUUACAAAAAAAACACCUUUUGUCAAGCAUUUAUGGAACGAGAUUUGGCCAUCAAGAAUGGCAACGGCAGAUGAAACUAUCUAAAAAUUACAUAUACGUACCCUUAGUUAACGUAGGUAUGCCCUAAUCAGAAUUGUUACCGAUUAGGAUUAAUUUUUCAGAAGUCCUUUCGAGAAUUUGUUUAAGAAGUUCUCUCAACUUUAUUUCAUUUCUAAACUGAUUCGCUAUCACACGAUGAAAAGUUGUCUUUUAAUUUCUUGUUUGUUUGUUUGUCUUCCGCUUUAAUAAAAACUUGAUACUGGCUUGAAAUUUAAUGCUCUAAAGCGGAACCGCUGAACUGACUUAUUUCUGGGAAAGGUUGAGUGUUUCAAGAAAAAUGGCAAGGAGUCAGCCAUCAACUGAAAAAAAAAUCGAUAUGUCAAGAUAUCGUAACGAACGUAACAUUUUUCUUCAUAUAUGCAUCUGAAACAUUAAUUAAACUAAAAAAUUCCAGAUAUUUGGGAAAAGACGUAGAUAACACGCUGUGUUUUUGUUUUUCAUUUCCAGGUUCCUCCCCGAAUGAAUGUUACGAAUGCUUCGCCCAUACGUCAUGGGAAGACUGCAUCAACAAAACAAUUUCAAGAACUUGUGAACGGGGUGAUUAUAUGUGUAUAAAAGGCAAGAUCUCAUUCUCAAAAAAUUCCAAGACAGAGCACAUAUUCUUCAAAACCUGCGCAAACGGGAAUGAAUGUAUGACUUAUGAGAAAGAUGGAACCCAGGUCCCUACAUGUCAGGAUAAGAAGAGGCAGGGUUACUCAGUCGAGUGUUCGGUCACGUGCUGCGAAGAUGACAAAUGUAAUGGUGCUGUGCAGGGACAAAGGGUCAGCGGUCUGUUGAUGUUUGUUUCAUGCGUACUAGCUGCUAAGAAGUUGAUAUGGUCA